CUCCCCCUGCCUGGACCAGCUUGGCCAAUCUCCCUCGAUCAGAGAAUCCAACUCGGACAAACGAGAGAGACCUCAGCAAAGAGCACCAGAGCAGCCCUGGCCGCACAGCCGCCAGACAGAGAGACCCGGCCAUCCUCCUUUCGCCUCAUGUCCAGGCCUUUGACUUUGACCCAGUAGCCCAGUCCCCUCCCAGAGCAGCCCUGGUGUCCCAGUUCGCCUCUAAGGCUCCCCCAUCCAACCCUGACCAAGAGGUCUUGACUUUCACUGCGCUGCUGCUUCAUUAGUGCUUGGGCAGCCAGUCCAGCUUUCUCCACUACUCUCUCCUAACUCCCUUACUGGAGAAACUUGGGGCAUCCUGACUUCCAAAUCCCUACAGAUCUCAAAGAAUCCAUCUUUCAUUGCCAAGAUACCCCUUGAAGCCCCUCUUUCCAAUGACUUCUGGGGGCCUGGUGACCUCAUCCCUUCCCUCCACCCCAGAAGACCCCCCUCCCGUCCGGGGCACACGCCUGCCUCGUCCUUUUCUCCGCAGCCUCCGGACCCUCUUCGAAAUCUUGGAUGACCAGCGGAGCGGGACUGUCCACAUCUCAGAAAUCGAGAGCCGGUGGGGACGAAGGGACUCCGGUGUGACCCCUCACGGAGACAAAGAGAGAUGCCAGCUCCCAUCCGGGGUGCUCCAAGCCCUCCAGCAGGUGGCAGAGCCCUGCGGGGGGUAUUUAAGCUUCCCCCGCCUGGUGGCCGGCUUGAGAAUUGCCCUCCUUCGGGCCGAAGAAGAGGAGGAAGAAGCUGAGAAGGCCGCCGGAGAAGGGACCAGAGGUGGGCAGACAGAAAGGGGACGCAGCACCUCGCAGUCCAUGAAGAACCUGAGUCGGAUACGAGAAUCAGAAGGGAAGGGCGUCACUCGAUCCCGUAGCAUCAACAGCUCCCUGUGCCAAGCUGGACGACGCAGGAGCAUCCGAAACCCCAAGGAGACCCGCAGACACACCAUUUCCAAUGCCAUGGAAUAUGAUAUGCUGAAGCGGAUGCAAGAGCUGGAACGAGAGCGGGACGCUUUGUUGCAUGGUUUGGAAAUGGUAGAUCGGGUGCGGGACUGGUUUCAGCACCAUCUCCUGGAGUCUCAGAGGCGCCAGAAGCACAUGGGAGCAGAGGCAAACUAUUUCUCUGACCCGUACUCCACCCAGAGCUGCCUGCUGCUGGCCAGGAUCCAGGAAGUGAACCUGUGCUUGAAAAACCUGCUCACUUCUCCCGGAAAGCCUGAUGCUCCAUCCAGUGGCUUGGGGGUUUAUCCGCCAGGAAAGAAGGAAUUUCACCAGCAAGCAGUCACUGUCCUGAAGGAACAAAAUCACCUGCUUAUCAAGGAAGUCUCUGAGAAAAGCGACCGCAUUGCCCAGCUGGAGCAAGAGAAAGCAGCCCUUUACAAGCAACUGAAGGAGAGCCGGGGCUACCGACUACCAAGCCAUAAGGAGUCCACCUUUAUCUGACCCAUGGGUCACUGAUCGUAGACUGUGAACAGGGUGAAAUCACCUUCUUUUGUAUCCGCAUUGCCUGUGACAUCACCUCCUUCUCAGAGCCCAAGGCAAAGGACACAUUUUUGGGGGGGAAACUUUCUGGCUUGGAAAAUUGGAAAAUGUCACUGCAUUUGCCUCUAGUGGCAAUUGCUCCUCUAUGCAGUAACCCAGUUCUUCAGUGAAACUGAAUACAUCACCUGUUAAGAAAGCGUGAAUGUAGACUUAAUAUGUGUCUCUACCCACUGUGUUUGCAUAGUUGCAAAUUCAGCCUGGGAGAUCUUUGGAGAUGGUGGUCAUGGCUAGUGUGGAAACCUGGGAACAAAGGACCAUUGCAAGGCAUGGAAAUGAGCAGAUGGAAAAGAUCUGGUUGGCAAAAGAAAGCCAUACUACUUUGGAACAACGGAGGGUGGGAAUGGUAUUGUUUCCUGACUUCCUCAACAUGGACCAAUAUGUUUUUACUUCAGAUGCAAGUCUUCAGGUUUUUUCCUUUUUAAUUUGGGUUGCUGAGCUAAAAUGGAUGAUUUCUCAUUCUGUAACAAGGCGUGAUGCAGGAUUCCACGAUUUCCCCCUUGUGACAUCUUCAAAUACUAUCAGCUCUCCACAUUAGUGGGUUUCACUUUUACAGAUGUGAUUAUUUCCAGAUUUGAUUAAAGUGUUCUCUCUAGGAAACUCAAGAUCCCCCAAUGUGACUUUUUCCAGAAAUUGAUCACACGUGGAGACAUGGAGUUUCUUAGUGGGAACAGAUCUCUAGAAAACUCUAGAGCAGUGGUUCUCAACCUUCCUAAGGCUGCGACUCCUUAAUACAGUUGAUCAUGUUGUGGUGACCCCCAACCAUAAAAUUAUUUUCAUUGCUCCUUCGUAACUGUAAUUUUGCUACUGUUAUGAACCGUAAUGUAAAUAUCUGAUAUCCAGGAUGUAUAUUCAUUCACUGGAUCAAAUUUCGCACAAAUACCCGGUACACCAAAUUUGAAUACUGGUGGGCUUGGGGAUGGAUUGAUUUUGUCAUUUGGGAGUUGUAGUUGCUGGGAUUUAUAGUCCACCUACAGUCAAAGAGCAUUCUGAACUCCACCAAUGAUGGAAUUGAACCAAAUUUGGCACACAGCACUCCCAUGACCAACAGAAAAUACUGGAAUGGUUUCUUGGGCAUUGACCUUGAGUUUUGGAGUUGUAGUUCACCUUCAUCCAGAGAGCACUGUGGACUUAAAUAAUGAUGGAUCUGGACCAAAUUAAGACCAUCAGAAAUAUGUGUUUUCUGAUGGUCUUUGGUGAUCCCUCUGACACCCCCUCGAGACCUCCCCAGGCGUCCCGACCCCCAGGUUGAAAACCACUGCUCUAGAUCUUCCAGUGCAAUUCUCUGAUCGGCUUCUGACAGAAAAUAGCCAUAAAGUUGUGCUGGAGAACAUGGCAGUUUUUAUAGAGGCAUUCUUUGAAGUUACAAAAAAGUAUUUUUUAAAUUUAGUUUUUCACAUCUGUGGAGGUCCUGUGCCCCAAUCCUAGUGAAUGUGGAGAGUGGACUGUAUAUUCACCUUCCCUUGUGUAUUGUGUUCUAUAUGUCCUGGUAUAUCAUUUUCUGUUUUCACAUCAACACCAACCCCACCGACCUUAUUUCAAGCCUUAGGUAUGGGAAUUCUCUUCUAGGCUGCUACAGUGUGUGACCUUACCUAAAAAUGUUGUUUAGCUUUUGUUGCAGUGUGUCUUCAGAUAAUUUCUGACUUAUGGCAACUCAAAGGUGAACCUAUAACAAGGUUUCUUCGACAAGAUUUGUUCAGUGGAGGCUUGCCUUUGCCUUCCUCUGGGGCUGAGAGUGUAUGACUUACCCAAGGCCACUGAAGGAGUUUCCAUGGCCAAGCAGGGAUUCAAACCUUGUCUUCUAGAGUCCUAGCCCAAACCUCAAACCACUAUUCCUUUAGUGUUACUUCAUAUCUGAAAAUCAUGUCACUACUUCUUCUGCACAUCAAGUCAGUGAGGUAGGGUUUUUUAUCGUGUCAGAAGUGACUUGAGAACAUACUGCAAGUCUCUUCUGGUGUGAGAGAAUUGGCUGUCUACAGAGACGUUGCCCAGGUGAUGCCUGCAAGUUGCUUCUGGUGUGAGAGAACUGGCCGUCUACAGAGACGUCGCCCAGGGGACACCUGGAUGUGUUACCAUCGUGCGCAGAGGCUUCUCUCAUGUCCCCGCAAGGUAGAGCUUACAGGUGGAAGCUCACCUCAUCUUGUGGAUUCGAAACGGCAACCUUCAGGUGAGCAACCCAACCUUCAGGUCAGCAGUCCAGCCAGCACAAGGGCUUAACCCAUUGAACCACCACGGCUCAAAUUAAGUGAGGUAAUUGUUCUCUUACUCAGGAAAACAUAACUCACGGAGCAAAAAUUUGAAACUUUGUUGUCAUGCUCAGUUACUUAUGGAAGCUCUGCUUUCCCCAUUUUUUGGAGAAAAAAGUAUCUAGGACAUUAUGUCCAUUCCAAAGACUCAUUAGAUUAAUGUUGCAUGCACACCCAUGAACCCUGACAGCGUUCUGCCUCUUCUAAUUUGAUUUGAUGCCAUCCUGCUGCUUUGUCCUCUCUUUGAUCUUCUCUUUGAAGUGAUGGCUUCCGUAUUAAUCAGGCCGUUCCUGUUGUAUUAUUUUUGAGGAUCCCCAGUCAAUGAAAAAGCAAUAACCAUGACAAUGAGAAAAUGGAACAGCGCGACUCCUUGCAUUUGUGGCUGCAAUUUGAAGACCAAAACCUGAAGUCUGUUACCACUCAAAGUAGUACUUUGAGAGCUCCAGCUAAGAUGAUUAGUAAGCAUGUUAGAAAACUGGCUAAGACAAAAAUGGUUGGCUCCCUAUAUGAUCAGGGACAUUCAUGAUAUUUGCAUGUCUGAGGCAAGGAACAAGGCAGUGUUUACUUCUGCUUCAUUCACAGAACCUGGGCAAAGAGAUUAGUUUAGAGCAGACAUGGGCAAACUUUGGCCCUCCAGGUGUUUUGGACUUCAACUCCCACAAUUCCUAACAGCCUACCGGCUGUUAGGAAUUGUGGGAGUUGAAGUCCAAUACACCUGGAGGGCCAAGGUUUGCCCAUGCCUGGUUUAUAGGAUGGAAGGCAGAGGUGUGGCUUGCAUAGCACUAUCUUCAAAAUGAUGGUAGUUGGGAUCUAGAGGAAUAGCUGGCCCAUGGUGCCCCUUAGAUAUCUGCUGUCUGAGCCAGUUGCUUCAUAAAAUCAUAGAAGUGGAUGAGACUCCAAGGACCAUCUAUUCCAAUCCUGCCAUACAAAAAUGCAGAAUCCUAACUCAGGAACUACAGGAAAGGAGAUUCCACCUGAACAUUAGGAAGAACUUCCUAACUGUGAGAGCUGUUCAGCCUCGGAGUGUGGUGGAGGCUCUUUCUGUGGAGGCUUUGAAACAGAGGCUGGAUGGCCAUCUGUCGGGGGUGCUUUGAAUGCGAUUUUCCUGCUUCUUGGCAGGGGGUUGGACUGGAUGGCCCACGAGGUUUCUUCCAACUCUGAUUCUAUGAACACACCCAACAAAUGACUUCCAGAAAAGGAGACCACCACACUCCCAGACAGCUGCCUAUUCUGCUGCCAAACAGCUCUACCUGUCAAAAGGUUGUUCCUAAUGUUUCAUUGGAAUCUCUUUCCCUGAUGUUUAAAUCCAUUGCUUCAACAUAAGGAGAAAAUAUCUUCAAUAUGACAUUCCUUCAAAUAUUUAAGUAUGGCUAUCAUCCCCCUCUUAACCUCCUCUUCUUCAGGCAAAACAUACUCAGUUCUCUAUGCUGCUCCUCAUAGGGUUUGGCUUUGAGACUUUUUACCAUUUCAUUUCUCCUCUGGACACCUUCCAGCUUGUCAAUAUCCUUCUUGAAUUGUAGAGCCCAGAACUGGACACAAUAUUACUCCAUGUGACAUAUGGCCAAAAUAUAACAGCGUGGUACUUUACUUCCCUCUUCUAGACACUAUGCUCCUAUUGAUGCAGUCUAGAACUGGGUUGCUGUGAGUUUUCCAGGCUGUAUGUCCAUGUUCUAGAAGCAUCCUGAUGUUUCACCCACAUCUAUGGCAUGCAUCCUCAGAGGUUGUUGGAAACUAGGCAAGUGGGGUUUAUCUAUCUAUGAAAGGUCCAGGGUAGGAGAAAGAACUCUUGUCUGUUGGAGGCACGUGUGAAUGCUGCAAUUAAUCACCUUAAUUAGCAUUGAAAAGCCUUGCAGCUUCAAGGCCUGGUUGAUUCCUACAUGGGGGAAUCCUUUGUUGGAUGGUGUUAGCUGGCCCUGAUUGUUUCAUGUCUGGAAUUCCCAUCCUCAGAGUGUUUUCAGAGAAUUGCAUUGGCUUUUCUAGCUGCUGUAUCACCCUGCUGACUCGUGUCUAGCUUAUGGACUCCUAGAUCGCUUUCAUACAUACUGUGUCACUAUGCUUCAUUAGCAUGGCCUUAUGAGAUAUGAGAUUGCAGGGCAUCUUUCAAUCCCUGUGCCCCUAUGGAACACAUCACCUAAAUGUAUAUGCACACUUACUUAGGACAUUUACACUUUUCCACCCCAUUUUAAUUUUGUCUUGCAAUGGUUUCCAAACUUAGACCCUCCAGGACAUCCCUACUCCGAAGUUUAGCUAAUAAUCAGGAAAUCUGGAGUUGUAGUCCAAAACAUCUGGAGGACCAGGUUUGAGAAGUACUGCUACAUUGCAUUGCCUUGUUAGAACAUUUGGUAGGGUCUCAUAAGAGGAGACCAUGGCCUUGAUUUAUUGAUCCCAAAUCCCAAAACACUGGCUUCCACCUCACUUAUUCAACACUGGUUCAUAAGCCUCUAGCUCCCCCUGCUGGCACCAAGGAUAUGACACAUAACUAUGUGUCAAACAGCCAUAAAGUUAGCUUUACUAUGUUCCUUGCUUCAGUUGUGCCCAUCUCCUCUAACUCUCCUCUUUAAUAAUUUUGUAUUUAUUAUCACAAUUUUGUAUUUAUUGAUGUUAUUAUAUAGAAAAGGACUGAAACCAUUGUGUGAUUAAAGAGCAAUUGUAUCUGAA